AUGGGUGCGUGUGCGUGCGUGCGUGCGUGCGUGCGUGUGUGUGUGAUUUAUCAAAUCUUAAAUCUCUCAAGUUGUUUAACAAAGCUGUGGCGUAUCAACGUUCACAUUUGCCAAGUCUUCUGUAAAACAUAUAGGACAGAAUUUUUUAAUGUCCUAGUGUGUGUAUUUAUAAAGCAGAUUUAUUUACCACUCAAGAUUCAUUUUUUUCAUCCAAAAACAUUUCUUUUUUCUUCACGUACUCAAAAUUUAUUUUAUGUAUAUAAUAGCUUUUUCCUUUUACAAAGACAGGUUCAAAAUUCUGUACAAAGAGAAAAUGGUUUCUGA